AGUGAGGAAAACUUAAUUCUAAAAAAAAGUGAUAAACCUACAGUUGGAAAAGAGACCGAGAGAUAUUGGAAAUUAUCGAAGAAGACUGAUUUAUAAAAUAAACAAUUUCAUUUAAGAUGCUCAAAUAUUUAUUGCUGAGCUUGCUGCUCAUCAUCCACAGCGUAUGGAUGGCACCGGUCCACCACCAUGGUGAACUGACGCCACACGUUGUUAUUGUCACGCCCCAAGCCCAAUUGCAAUUGGAGUCAUUUCCACAUGGCGCUCCCAUCAUUCAACAUCUAACACCCUACACUCGGUUUGUGGCACCACAUGAAGAGACCAUUGUCUAUGUGCCGACCAGUGCUAUUGCCAAUCACCCGGUUGGUCACAUUGCCCUACCCGGCUCACAACAAUACGAGGCACGUUCAAGUGGAAAAAAUAUCAUUACCGACAUUGUUUCCUUACCCAGCGAAGCCGUGGACAAUUUUGGCGCAGUCGGAUCAAUAAGUCCAAGUAGAAUUAUCAGCUCCACCAUUGCUGGUGCAGCUGCUCUGCCUGGGCAAAUAUUUGAUGCUGUCAGCAGUCCGGCUAAAAUUAUCGGCAGCAUUGCCAGUCCAAUACCUCUGCAAAUAAUUGAUGCAACCAAACUGGGUCCUCCCACGCGACAAUCCAUUUUCGACAACAUCUCCAAUGCAGUUCAAAAUCCAAAUCAAGUUAUAGAAACAAUUACCAAUGCCGCCAACAAUCCCAGCAGCCUAUUAGAAACCGUAUCGAAUAGCAUUCAAAACGCUGUAACAAACGCGGUCCAGAACAGUCCUUGUGAAUCGCUCAAUAGUAUAGCGCAAAAUACGGGCUUUCAACCGACGCCCAAUCAACAACAGGCUGCCAGCAAUGCGCGCAGCAUUGACAAGGCAGAAACUCAAGCCGAAGGCCAGAACCAAGAUCAAAAGGCAGCUGCAUCCCAGCCCCAGUUGACAAAGGUGCAACACAUCGAGUACGAAAUCCCCAUAACACCCAUCAUUUCCCAUGAGCCCCGACAUCAGUUGCCGCACUAUGCCAGUGUUAUUGGACCAGCUCUGCCACAUGUUGUCGAUUUUAUUCAAACACCGAUUUUCUUGGCCCCCUCCAUACCCACAAUUAAGGGACGUAGCCUUUUGGCCGCUGAAGAGAAACCCCUAAGCCAGGAGCCGGCACCAGCACAAGCAAUUGAAUCCGCUAAACCAGAAGUUCAACUUCCCCUGGCACCGCAACCGGAACAUCUUCCCCUGAAUCCAGAGCUGGAUAAGUUGCAACCCAUAGCCAAGGGAGAGGAAAAGUUAGAAAGUGGUCGCUUUUUGGAAGCCACUCCCGUCAAAGAUGUUCAAGCUGUUGUAGUUGCUGAGGAAGCUGUCAAGCCGGUCGAUCAAAUUGUUGCAGUUAAACCUGUCCUAAAAUCUGUUGCCAACGAUGAGCCGCAAUCUAAGGUGGCCUAAUCAUCAUCAGAUAUUUUAAGUACAACAACACUAUGGGCCAACAAAUACAAUUUUCACAAAAAAAAAAAACGAAGGAAACUCACCACCAUCAAUGAACUAAAAAUAAGUUUUAUAAUAGUUAUACAACAAAGCAUAACAAUGAUUAUUGUAAGAUGUCCUUAGAAACAACAAAAACAACAAUCAAUCAUAUUUUCAUGCAUAUACACACAUACAUAUUUAUCAUCACCAUCAUAAAUUUCAUUAAAAAAAAAACAAACAAAAACAAGGAAAACGUAAAAUCAAAAUAAAAAUGCAA